AGUUAAAUUCAGGCAGUUUGUCAACAGCUGCUGGAGUCAAGUCGCUUCCCCCUGCAGCUGACACUGAUGGCGAUGGAGAAUGUGAAGCAGUUCGUGUUCGUCCUGUCUGCAGCCGCGGCUGUCGGGUUUGUCUGUAUUGUAUUUGUCCUGAGAUGGGUCCUUUACUUCAGAGAGGGCUUAGCCUGGGACGGAGGAGCCGCCGAAUUCAACUGGCAUCCGGUUUUAAUAGUCACUGGAUUCAUUUUUUUCUUUCUUUCAGCCAUUGUUGUGUACAGACUGCCAUGGACCUGGAGUUGCAGCAAACUUAUGAUGAAGUUGAUUCAUGCAGGCCUAAACUUACUGGCCUUCGUGUUUGCUGUCAUAUCCUUGGUAGCAGUGUUUGACUUUCACAAUGCUGCCAAGAUCCCCAAUAUGUACAGCCUGCACAGCUGGGUGGGACUGUCAGCUGUUAUACUAUACGCUCUACAGAUCCUUCUGGGAAUAGGUGUAUACUUAAUACCCAUUACACCAGUAUCCAUCAGAGCAGCGUUUAUGCCCAUCCAUGUCUACAGUGGCCUUUUCAUCUUUACCAGUGUUGUGGCCACUGCACUUAUGGGCAUCACAGAGAAACUCAUUUUCAGCCUGAAAGACCCAGCGUAUAAGAACUCUCCCCCGGAGGCAACUUUUGUGAACGUUCUGGGAAUUCUCAUUGUGAUUUUCGGAGCUCUCAUCCUCUGGAUAGCCACUCGAACGUCUUGGAAACGCCCCAGUGACCAGGUCUUGCACACUCUGCAUACCAACGGGGGAGGUGAGGCCAACUCCAAAGUCGGUCCAACCAUGUCUCAGCUUUCUGGCGGAGGAGAUACUGAGGCCUUUGGGGAUGUCAGGAGAAGAAGUAGUAAACUAGACGAUCAGGUCGACUGAGACGCUGUGACGGACUUACAGCUGAUUCUGUCUCUCAUGCUGAAUGUGUCUAUAUCUGCUUUACACUGGCCAGAGAAAGUCACAAAGAAAAUGCAAAUAUCUUUUUAUACAGAGCUUUCUCUCAAGCACCUAAAUCUUGGCUUAUUUUUGGAGUGACUUUGUUUUCUCAAACAUGUAUUGUACCUGAAUAACUGUAGUAAUAAUGCUGAUCUAGCUGCUAUUAUUGAGAUGAUAUGUGAAUAGUUUAUAUAGUCAAAUAGCAUUAUUACAUAACAGCAACUUUGCCGUAGUCCUCAGUACUCUGUAUUUUUGAAAUGUAUGAUCACAGCUGAUCACAACCCAUACAUAUUUUACAAUAAAUAAUUGCACUUGUA